AGGCCCAGUAGGAUCAUCGCACACGCACAUGAGGCACGUGAAGUGCGUGGAUCGAACAGACCGAUAAGACGCUUCACGCGCCGGAUCAUCGGAGAGUGCACGCAGUGCUUCGGUGCGAGAUACACUCCUUCUUCGUUUCGCACGCUCGAGGGCACUCGCGCGAGUAAGAGAACGCUCCGUGACUGUCAUCCUUGAAUUCAUUUUCCGAUUCGUGCGCGCAACUUUUUCCGUGGACGGCUGCGAAGAUCAAGAGGGAGAGACAGAAGGAGAGCGUUCCGAGGGAAGACGACGCCGAAGAAUAAACGCCGAGAACGGGGGAGAGUCUGUGUCGCACCAGCUCUUAGUUUCAGGUUAGGAGCCUGCUAGGACGGGUCUCGUUCUCUCUUCUUGAGGUCAUUCGGACAAGAGCGGACGAGAGGGUUUGCAAACCGGGUGCACCAGUGGAACCACGAGGGAGGAGGAAAAGGGAAAAUACGGGAGGACAUUGAAAAACGUAGCGGCCUCUUACUGCUCUGCUCUUCUGCAUAAGUGGGAUGUGACAUCAGACUUGCUAUCAGGUCAACAUCGAUGAGGCUCGAGAGACUCUGUCAGGAGCGGAUUACAAAGAAGAAUAGAUUUCGGAAUCGCGGGCCGUAUCGAUCAAGUGUUACUCCAAGUGUCACCAAAGUGUUCCGAAUCACAAAGUGAUCACCCUCGCGACUUGGAAGGGACUCCGUGUUUCUAUCGCCGUGUUUGUUUUUUGUGUAGUCGAUUGUGCAUUCAAAGUGAGCGAGUGUCGCGGACUAAAUCCUCAUUGGUGAGGAACAUUGCUCUAUUCGUGUGAUGCGGCAGCGGGAGACCUGCUCGCGCUAUCGCUACGUGGACGACAAAGACGAGAAGGUCGAUGUUAAUGUCAGCGGACUGUUCGUGAAAGACUUUGGGUUCGUGACGAGUCUGCGGAUGGUCCGGGUCAGGAGUUCCGAGACUACCUAACGGAUCAUCACGCGACAUCACGACCCGUCGAUCGGGAAAGAUCGAGACGCUCAACAUAGUGUUAAUGAUGCCGCGGUACCGAGCACGGUUUCGACAAAAGUGAAAUUAUCGACUGAUUCCAGUCAGGAUUUCCAGUGUCGUGUCGGGCUCAACGUCGGUCAGACGAACAACCUUAAUGACAGGGUGUCGCUACAUCACAACCCAAAUGAUCGGCUGGGAUCAUAGAUCGACGAGGGAGAAACCGAUCGCAAAAUAUUCCAUUUAGAUUAAACUGAUAGAUAUAUCUAGAAUAUAUACUGUGUGAGUGAGAUAAUUGUAUCGAACGCGCGGGGUGCACACAGCACAGUCGGAGAAAGCUUUCGAGAGGGAAACUCAUGAAAGUCAAGUGUGCGCGGUAGAGUGUCAGCCCGGCAAUGUUGAUUGCGAGGCAAUAACACGAAAGUGCAAGCUGUUGAGUGGACGCGUGCCGCACUUUGCGCUACGUCGUGGACUGCCAGUGAAAGACAGUACCGACGGAACCGCCACCUAAAACGUGUUCCCCGAUUGCGAUCGGCAACGGAGGCGGAGGAGGAGACGGCGGCGGAGGCGCCAAACGAGGAAGAGCAGUUUUGGGUCCGCCGGAGAAGCUCGAAGCCGUCAAAGUGGCUUCGUCACUGGGGCUCCAAGGGCCUUCAGCGCCGAUCGGGGCCCAACUACUGGCUACUGGUGGUUCGGAGGAUGCGCCGGCCGCGACCUUAUACCACGCCAAUCUGGUAGCCGGUAGUAACACCUCUGUCGUGACAGCGGCGCUCCAGCAGCCCAUCCUAGCGAGUCUGAACUCAGCGGCAUUGGCCAGCAUGCAGGCCUCCGCGGAGGCCAACUCGCUGGAUAUACAGGCCAUGCAGUCCAUGGACUGGCUCUUCAAGAAGGAGCGCAUAUACCUGCUCGCCCAGUUCUGGCAACAGAGAGCGACUUUGGCGGAGAAAGAAGUAUCCGCGUUAAAGGAACAACUCGCCGCGGCGAAUGACAGCAAUUCCAAGACUGAGGGGCACCAAUUGUCUCAACCUCCGCAGGGAAACGAUCAACAGCAAGUACACGAUGCCAGCAAUCCCAGGAGGACGCCUAACAGCAACCUCGAGCAGGAACUGCAGGCCAAAGACAAAGAGAUCAGCCAACUGGUCGAGGAGGUGUCCAGACUACAACAGAGUCUGCAACGCCUUCAGGAGACAAGCGCGCAGGCAACGGCGCGGCUCGAAGAGGAGCUCGAGGCGCGCAGGCAGCACAUCAGCAGACUCGAAAGCAAAUUGGAACGGCAGAGGGAUUAUGACGACCUAAAGCGCGAAAUCAAUGUACUAAGGUCAGUCGACCUUUCGCAGAUUCCAACCGGCGAGCCUGGCAAGAGUUUAGAACACCUUCUUAUGGAGCGUACCAAGGCGUUGCAACAAGCCGAGAACUUGAAACCAUCCAAUACACCCGAUGCACUCGGUGGAUUAUCGUCACCCCUGCAGCGCGCCUCGACCGCCUCGCCUCACGGGGUCGGAGGUGUGCCACCUACGUCCCAUGUGUCCUCCCAACAACCACCGCCACCACCCCUGGCAGUUUCUCUCCCUCCACGUUCCACCCCGACGCCCUCUUCGGCCACCUCGACGACUUCGAGCCUCCUCUUCCCGCACUCUCUCCAAAACGUCGAGACCUUCGGCUCCUUCCUCGGUGAAGAAAUCGUCGCCAAUUGGAGGCGGACGUUGGAAAAGUCUUUCAUAAGUCAGCAACAGCCGCAGCAGCAACAACAACAGCAGCAGCAGCAGCAGCAGCAGCAGCAGCAGCAACAGCAACAGCAACAGCAGCAGCAGCAAUCGUCGCAGCAGCAGCAACAGCAACAGCAGCAGCAACCGUUGGCUCAAUUGACUCAGUUGACUCAACAGCAGUUGCAGCAAACUCAGCCGCACAUGGGUUUACAUCCGCCGACAACGCCAAGUAGUCUAAAUCAUCUUCCCUCGCCGACGGAUCCGUCGUCCACCUCGAACACCCCGGCGAAGUCGAACACGCCAAUCGGCACGACACCUCUAGGGAGUCUAGACGUCGCUGAAAAGGCGCCGACGCCGGUGUCGGGACACGAGACGCCGGCACCACCGACGCCAUCCUCCACAACCGCCUUAACAUCGCCGCCGAGCUUUCAACCGCCAACGUCGAUGGUAGAAAGUAGUACCCCCUCGGCUUCUAUCAACGGUGGCGGUCUCACAUCCGGCGUGCCCAACGCGCCGCCACCCAAGAGCCCGGCUGACCAAGAAUCAUGUCAUAACAAUAAUAACAGCCAUCACCUAGCGAACAACAACAUCGGCGGCCUGAGCGUCCUCGACACGCUGAAGAGUCCGUUUCGCUUCGACGACCGAACGCAUCCCUUCCGAUUCGGCGACGAGUUCGGGGCUGCCGGUAUGGCCGGUCGGCUGGGCGAGUCACUCAUUCCAAAGGGCGAUCCCAUGGAGGCGAGGUUGCAGGAGAUGCUGCGUUACAAUAUGGACAAGUACGCCUCGCAAAAUCUCGACACUCUUCACAUAGCUAGGCGAGUGCGUGAGUUAUUGUCGAUACACAAUAUCGGACAAAGACUGUUUGCCAAGUACGUUCUCGGACUGAGUCAAGGCACUGUCAGCGAGUUACUCAGCAAACCCAAGCCCUGGGACAAGCUGACCGAAAAGGGCCGCGACAGUUAUCGGAAGAUGCACGGCUGGGCUUGCGACGACAACGCCGUAAUGCUGCUCAAAUCCCUGAUCCCCAAGAAAGGCAAGGAGCAGGGAAUGCCAGCAUUCGCACGUGGACCACAGGAUAGUGGUCCGCCAGAAAUGAGUGACGAAAGACUGGCUCAUAUACUGUCGGAGUCGGGCCAUUUGCAAAUGAGGAGUGAGCACGAGGUGUCAAAUGAUGCGGACAGUAAGAGUCCGAGUAGAAUCGGUUGCCCGAGUCCGUUCAGCAAAGACAGAUUGGAUAGUCAAAACAGGAGAUUAAAGAAGUACGAAAACGACGACAUUCCCCAGGAGAAGGUGGUGAGAAUCUACCAGGAGGAACUGGCUAAGCUGAUGGGUAGAAGAGUGGAGGAUCUUCGUCCGCGAGAGUUUCCUCAUAGUGCGAUUUUUCCGCAUUUUUUUAGCGGUACCCAAGGCAGUCUUCAAGGCAUCGAGCGCACCCAGGAAGACAUUCGACUAGCAUUGGAUGCUUAUCAUCGUGAGCUUCAGAAAUUGAACGCCGCACCAGGACAAACUCCCUCGAUUACCGGCCUACCAGGAUUACCUGGGCUUCCAGGCUUGCUGGCGCUUCAACAACAAGCUCUCCAACAACAUCAUUUAGCCGCAAACGGCGGCGGUGUUCAAGAUCUGAGCUUAGGCAAAGUGGAUCCGCGUAAUAAGAUGAUAAACGGCGUAUCGGAAGAGGAAAAAGAAAAAAUGGAGGAGGCAAUGAGACAUGCCGGGAGUGCCUUCUCCUUGGUGAGACCAAAGCAGGAAUCAACGGGUCCUCAAUCGACACCCGGUGGUUCCAGCGCGAGUUCGCCAUUAGGCAAUUCCAUACUUCCCCCAGCGAUGACACCUAACGAGGAGUUCUCCGGUGCGGCGGCAGCCAGUCCUCUUCAGAGGAUGGCUUCCAUUACAAACAGUCUGAUAAGUCAACCGUCCACGCCAACUCACCAUUCGGCCAAUCAAAGGCCGUUGAAAGCUGUGCUUCCACCGAUCACGCAGCAACAAUUCGACAUGUACAAUAAUCUUAACACGGAAGAUAUCGUGAAGAGAGUGAAAGAACAGCUGUCUCAAUAUUCGAUUUCGCAACGACUAUUUGGCGAGUCGGUAUUGGGUCUGUCUCAGGGAUCAGUAUCAGAUCUUCUCGCGCGUCCCAAACCGUGGCAUAUGUUGACCCAAAAAGGUCGCGAGCCCUUCAUCCGAAUGAAAAUGUUCCUCGAGGACGACAACGCGGUACACAAACUGGUCGCUAGCCAGUACAAGAUCGCUCCGGAGAAGCUAAUGAGGACCGGCGGCUACGGCGGCCUGCCUCGUAAGUUUAACUCAGCAUGUGGAACACCUAUGAAACCUAUGCCACCAACGAAACUCGUCCAAGAACAACUUCAAAACGCGGCAAAAGCACAAGCCGCCGCACAGGCGGCUGCGCAAGCUGCGGCACAACAUCAACAGGAAAAUCAGAUGCAGCUUGGACCACCUCAGCAGAGUCCACAACAUCCGCAACAUCCACAGCCACCACCGCCAAUGAUGCUAACGCCGCCCGGUCCUCAUCACCCUCAUACUCAACUUAGCAUGCAGGAACUUCAGAAGAAACAACAGCAGCAGCAGCAACAAAUGUCUGCACUGCACUCGCCGCACCAUCAAAUGGCGCCGUCGCCUCUUCGAGGUCUUCAUCCGCAUAUUUCACCAAGUGUAUAUGAGAUGGCCGCCCUUACGCAAGAUCUCGACACACAAACGAUCACCACAAAGAUCAAGGAAGCAUUGCUGGCGAACAACAUCGGCCAGAAGAUUUUCGGUGAGGCGGUUCUCGGUCUGUCGCAGGGCUCCGUCAGCGAACUGUUGAGCAAACCCAAGCCAUGGCAUAUGCUCAGCAUAAAGGGUCGAGAACCUUUCAUCAGAAUGCAACUUUGGCUGUCAGACGCGCACAACGUCGAUCGACUGCAAGCGUUGAAGAACGAACGACGAGAGGCGAAUAAAAGACGACGUAGUAGUGGCCCUGGCCACGAUAAUAGUUCCGAUACUUCGAGCAACGAUACCGCCGAAUUUUAUCAUGCGGCAUCACCCGGCCCGGGGCCGGCCUCCGCGAAGAAGCAGCGCGUCCUCUUCUCGGAGGAACAGAAAGAAGCUCUUAGACUCGCUUUUGCCCUUGACCCGUAUCCUAACGUGGCCACCAUUGAAUUUCUCGCUGGUGAACUCGCCCUGUCCUCGAGGACGAUAACGAACUGGUUUCACAAUCAUCGAAUGAGACUGAAGCAACAGACGCCGCAUGGCCAGCCGGAGCCACAAUCGCCGCGAGAACCCGGCCAACCGUUCGACCCUGUUCAAUUCAGACUACUCUUGAACCAAAGACUGCUGGAGAUUCAGAAGGAGAGGCUGGGUCUGGGGAAUGUACCUCUACCAUACUCUCCGUACUUUAAUCCCAAUCUAGCGACCUUGGUAGGAAACGCUCUAAAAGAACAAUGUUCCGGCCUCGACCUUUCGAUGAACGCUCUGAAGAGAGAGCCCAAUCAAGAAUUCGAGGAUGAAGACGCCGAGGACGCAAUGAGUAAUUUAGGUAGCGAAGAUUCAGACGGUUCGGCUGGUAGUAUAAAGAGAGAACCUGCAGAAACGCCGACAGCGCCCACCACGGUCAGGUCCAAUAGAAGAAAACCCGCGGCACCGCAGUGGGUGAAUCCAGAGUGGCAAGAACCUACGAGAACGGGCGACGAGGUAAUCAUUAAUGGCGUGUGUGUAAUGCAGACGGACGAUUACGGCGUGAAGAGAGAGGCCGAGGAGACUAUAAGGGUCGAGCCGACUCCAGUGCAGGACAGAUACGAAGAAGACGCCCAGAGUGAUGUCUCUUCCGUAUCCGGUAACAAUGGAGCCGACCGGGAUAGCCCGCUGCCAAGUCCAAAAUCCGGUCAGAAUAGUCCAGUGACGUCGCCCAGACCGCCGUCGGUGCAGCAGACGCAACAAUCGACGGAGGAAAGUCCAAAGGACGUAGUGAAGCACGAGCCGGAGGAAACGUGGGAUUACUAGGACAGUUCGGAACGUGAAAUUCCAUGGAGUUAUUCGCAAACUCAGUGUUUCUUCUUCGGACAGAGUCAAAACUGGAGCGAAGUUUCCGACGUGUCCCCAAGGUCACGUCGUUGGAAUAUGCCAAAACAACGCUUUGUAGAAAAAGGCGGUCCGCGAGGACCACCGGUCUAGUUAAGUUUUAAACGAGGAAACCAGUUAUAGGACUCGGACACGUGGGACCGAGUCCUGCCUACUACGAGGGCAUUAUCAUAGAGAGGCAAACGCGAUGUACGGGUCUAAAGAAAUUCUUGGAAGGAGUCACCGAGGAGGAAAGGAGAGGCCGAGAGAGAGGACGAGAGCUGGUAGAAGAACAAAACGAUCAAAACUGAACGGAGCUCAAUCAAAAGAACUCACUUUGUGACGUUUUCUACGCGACAAGUGUGGUACAAGAGAUAAGUGUCGGUGCGCGCGAUUCAACGGCGAGAUCGUAUCGUUAGAAGACUAUCAAAGUACAACGGGGCCGGCUAUAGGACGACAACGACGACAACGAAGACGGGCUCUCGUUGCAACUCGUUCGAAAUUCGAGAGAACCCCGGCUGCUUUCGCUUUCGUAUACUUCCCCCCGGUGAUGAAUGAUUGAUGUAUCAUUCCAAAGGAGGGAGACGAACGGACUAGAUAAUGCGCGGAAAACAGAGGUGGUCCGGGUUCGCCACAGUGCAAUCUCCCAGUAACCAAUUGUUAGAUCGAAUUAUUAUUAAUUUUUAACGAAAUUAAGCGCAACGGAACGGCCGAUUAAUAAUUAUUGCAUAAUUGUGAUUCAUGUUAUUGUUUA